AUAACGAAAAUACAAUGCGCUCGUCGUUAUCAAAACAACACUCAACAACACCUCGUGCAGCUUUGGUCUGCGUGAAAAAAAUGUGCAGUAUGAGUUGCAUUGAUAUAAAUGAUGGCGAAGCCCACAUAAAACCAGAGUAUAUUCUGCCAAAAGAGGCUUCAGGAGAGAAAAAGGAAGAAGAAUCCGGAGCCUCUGAGGGAGCUGAUUCGACAUCUGAACCUCCCCAAAAGAAGCAAAAAUUUACAGGCAGAAACAAGAAACGGCCAAAGCUAGUCAAGGUCCCCAAGAGCAGCAAAUUAUGUCGUCAGCUGUGGUGUCUGCGUGUAGGUGAAGACCCCAAGACUAAAUGCACUUACCCCAAUUGUGUCUUUUCCCACGAUGUAGCCACUUUCCUGAACAACAAAGGUGAAGACAGAGGAACAGAAUGCCACAAUUUUCGCACUUAUGGCAUGUGCCCUUAUGGCCUCAUGUGUAGUUUUGGCAGUGACCACAUUGAAGGAACAGGAAAUAAAGUGAAUGAAGAACUUUGGGAAAAAUUUAAAAACAAGCCACCUGUCACUAAUACAUUGAAGAAGGAGGUUCAACAACUGCUGUGGAAAAGAAAGUAUGACUUCACAAAGGCCAUGCAGGCACACAGAGCAGCUCAGUCAGAAAUGUCAAAGCAGAAAGCAGAGGAGGAAAAGGCAAAGAAGAAGGAGGCAGAAAACUCAGUGGCCAAGAAAGAGGAUUUAAGACAAGAGGAAUGUGAGGAAGAGAAAGAAAACUCAUGCAUCAGUGAGGAAGCCACAUCAAAAAUAGGAGAGGCAGAACUAGCCACUCAAGACAUGUCUGUUGAGGAAAGUGAGAAGACAAAAGCCAUAGGACCAGCACCAGAAGAAGAUCUCAUCAAGCUCACCUCACGUGAAAAGAAAAAGAUUGACUGGCGAGACAAGCUUUAUUUAGCGCCACUCACUACUCUAGGGAAUCUGCCUUUUCGCCGGAUCUGCAAACGUCUUGGGGCAGAUAUUACUUGUGGAGAAAUGGCAUUGUCAGUUAAUCUCUUACAAGGUUCAGCUAGUGAGUGGGCUCUUGUAAAGCGGCAUGAAUCUGAAGAUGUUUACGGAAUUCAGGUGAGAUUAGGAGUCUUCUUGGAAGAGAUUUAG